CCCUUCAGCCUCUCGAGCCCACCUAAAUGAAAUAUGAAUUGAAAACAAUCAAGUAAUUGAAAUAAUACAUUUUUGUUUACCUACCUUUACUUAUAUCACAAUAGAACACAAUCAUAUUGUGUGACACAAAAAAUAAGUGAUAAUAAAUAUCGAAUAUUGUGAUAAUGGUAUGGAACAAGUUACGGCUACAGGUUGUGGGACAGGUUGUAGUAGGUGUAUCUUUUAUCAGUGAUUUAAGUAAAAUUAUUUUAUAAAUAGAAUAUUGCAGUAUUUUCCUUGUUCUGAAGAAUAUGAGGUUAUCCUGAUGAUUUUUGUAACCAAUGUUUUCUUUUUUCAUUUGCCCUAAUUAAAGUGUAUUACCGAUCACCAUCGCAUUUAAUUUCGUAAUUGAUUGAGGAGUAUUGAUGUGUUUUAUUGUUUUUGUAAUUACUGUAAUAAAUUCGUAGUUUACUUUAAGAAACCAAUAUUCAAUUUAUUUCACGGUCAUUAUGUUUAGUAUAUUUAAUAAUAAAAAACAAUCUGCUAAAGAAAAAUGCAAUCUCAUUGUUGGUAAAAUAGGUAUUAAUCACCCUCAAGAACCAGAAAAAGAGUUGGAAUCGAAUUCGCAAAUGAUGCAAAUUAAGUCAGUUUUUCCUCAAGCUACUGAUUCAGAUCCAGAUGAUCCUGAUAUAAAUGAUACUAAUAAUCAUGCUCAAAUAAUUGAAAGCUCAAUUCAAGACUUAGGACAUUUAGAACCAAAUUUGGUAAAAGAUUUAGGUGACUUGAACACAGGCCCCGCACAACCUAUUUUGUCAGUAAGUCUAAAUAAAAUUCUUGUAAUGAUUCUUAUCUAGGUAUACAUGUUAAAGUCAUUUCUUAUUAAAUUUUAUGUUCUUAUUUAUAGUUUUGAACUGUUGAAAAGACUUAUA